GGAGACAAACAGAGCAACAGCGGAGUGAAUAAGCGAUAAGCCUAAUAAGGUUAGGGUACAACCGUAUCCCCUCUUCACGAACCACAUCAGUCCUUGUCCUGGAAAACGCUAUCCCCGCGAAGCAAACCCCUGCCAAGCUAAAUGGGUUUCCAAAAUGGCAGUGAACGCCUCAGAACAAUUUGGACACCUGAGAUGGAUCGGUAUUUCAUUGAUCUUAUGUUAGAGCAGGUUGGCCAAGGUAGUAAAUUUGAUGAUCAUUUGUUUAGCAAACGAGCUUGGAAGCAAAUGUCCUCAAUGUUCAAUGCCAAGUUCAAUUUUCAGUUUGAAAAAGAUGUUCUCAAGAAUCGCCACAAAACGUUAAGGAAUUUGUACAGGGGAGUUAAAAAUCUUCUUGCCAAACCGGGGUUUAGCUGGGAUAAAAAGCGAAAUAUGGUCAUUGCUGAUAAUCAUGUUUGGGAUGAAUAUCUCAAGCAGGUAGAUGCGAGUGUACGAUCAUGCAGAGUGAAAAGCAUUCCCUAUUUUAAAGAUUUGUGUGCAAUUUAUGGACAUGCAACGAUGGCAGGAAAAAGUGAUAAUGCACAAGAAGGGUCACCUAAUUCAGGUGAAAAUGGACCAAUCAUAUCCUGCCUAUCUAAGGAUGUUGGUGAGGAUGCUGAUGAGGUUCUGCAUGAUGGAAAGGUUGAUGAAGACUGUGGAAUCUCUACCAUGGAGAAUGCAACCGAUGAUUGUGAGCAGAGGGCAUCGAAGGAAACAUCAACCUCUUUUUGUACCCGCACUCGGACAUAUUGGCAGCCACCGAUGGAUCGUUACUUCAUUAACUUAAUGCUUGCUCAUGUGCACAAAGGGAAUCAAUCUGAUGGUGUCUUCAGCAAACAAGCAUGGAUAGAGAUGAUUUCAUCAUUCAAUGAAAAAUUUGGUUUUGACUAUAGUUUGGAGAUUCUUAAAAAUAGAUACAAAACCAUGAGAAGGCAAUACAAUUUAAUUAAAAAUCUUCUUCAGUUGGAUGGGUUUGCCUGGGAUGAAACACGCCUGAUGGUUACUGCAGAUGAUUGUGUCUGGCAAGAUUAUAUUAAGGUUCAUACUGAUGCACGACAAUAUAUGACCCGACCUUUGCCAUAUUAUAAAGAUUUGUGUGUCAUAUGUGAUCCAAAUUUUGAUGAAAAAGAAUCUUCUCUGCCUAAAGAUAAGCAUCAAAAUGUAGUUGAUUUUAAGACUGGGAGUCCUUGGACAUCCAAAACUGGUCAAUCUCCAAUUACACCCAAUUCCAAUGAAGACCAUUUUAAUGGUGUUGAGGAAUUAGCUCAUAUAGGUCAGAAACAAAAGCGUCAAUUAGAAAAGUGUUCUGAUUCUACCAGUCCUAAGAAAUCAAGGAAUGAUGAACAAGGCAUGGCUGUUGCUCUCCAUGAGAUGGCAGCUGUGGUUUCAACUCUGUCUACGAAAAAGAAUGAUGAUAAUUCAAUAUCAAUAGAGAAUGUCAUAGAAGCAGUACAAGCAUUGCCUGAUAUGGAUGAAGAUCUGGUUUUGGAUGCUUGCGAUUUCCUGGAGGAUGAAAGGAAGGCCAAAACAUUUCUUGCAUUGGAUGUCAAGUUAAGAAAGAAAUGGUUGAUUAGGAAACUUCGCACACAGGUGUAGCCUGUGCCCCCUUUCAUCAAUUUCUAUUUUCUUACUGGGUAGUGGUUUUGGUUCAUUUUAGGAUAGUAUUUUGGAAGGCAAAGUAAACUUUAUAUUCGUCAAGAUGUUUAGCUAAUGACUGCACAAAGUGUAUAUAUAUAACAAUACUCAGUUUAUGGGAAUGAAGUUUUUUU